AAAUACGAAACAAGCGAGAAACUCACAUUUUUGUUGUAUUGCUUUUGUUUGUCAUAUUUUUUGAACAAAAUGAUUAACAACUAAACUCGCAUAGCACAAGGACUUCCCUAGUUGGUACGCACAAAUUAAAUCAAAAUAAAAUUAAAUAAAACAGAAAAGAAGAAAAAAAGCAAGAUAAAAUGCCCGCUGUAGUACGUAUAAAACGCCGCAUCGAUGAGGAGCCUCACACAGCCUUUGUCCUCAAUGGCAAGCGACGCCGCUUGGCUAAUGAAGCAGGAGUUAAUAACGAAUUCCUUGACGGCGAUGAAAAAAAAGAUAGUGAAAAUUUGAGCACAGUACUGAAAUUUGCCGGAACGCUGAAAAAUCAGGACGAUUCGGCAACAAAACAAUUUGCGGCCGCUCGUCUAAACAAGGCAACGGCAAAAGAGAUUGUUCAACAAAAACCGAUAGCCAGUAGUCUUCGGAAGGAUCGUCAACGGCUGGAGGCACAAAAUAAUGCCAGAGAGCAAAGAUUUCGUAUAGUCAAUUGCCUAAGAACGACAUUAGAUGAAACUGACCUGGCUGAAAGUGGUCCAAAUAAUGGCCAAAGUACUGUAACCGGCGGUGGUGGCAAAAAAGACAUAACCAUUGUCGAUAUUGAAACACAGCCUCAACAAUCACAAGAGCAGGAUCAACCAUCGACAUCAGAUGUGGGUCAACCGAUAGUGCAUGAUCCGGCACAACAGCCAGCCGAUUCAGAUAUCGGUUAUGUCUAUGAUUUAUAUGUACCCGAGAAUGAGAUGCAGGCCGAUUAUGUCGAUAUGAUGGAUGACAAUUAUCUAAGCAUUUGUCCAUUGGGUGAGCUUGUACUUGAGGAUUGCUACAAUGAUCAAGAUGAGGAAUAUGAUUCCGAAGACUCUAACCAAGAAAAUUACUAUACAAAUGAUUAUCCCGAUGAAGACGACGGUGAGGGACCCAGGGCCAUGGGCGGGGGUUCCGAUGAUGAGUUGUGUCAACAAAUGAAUAGAUUUGUAUUUGAUGACGAUGAAGAUGAGUUUGCCAGCUCCAGUGAGGAUGAGGAUUAUGCUACAUAUCACGAUCCCUAUAUUCAUACCAUAGACGCUGAGAAUGAUAGUUUUGUCGAUGAUGUGGAUUUCUUCAAUGUCGAUCGAGAGCGGGGCAGUGCCUAUGAACGUUAUAAACGUCGCAUAAUACGUGAGGCAGAUGGUCGAGAUUCCUCCGAUGAUGAGGAUUCCUUUGAGAGUGCUGAUGAAGAAUGAAUGAAUACAAAUACAUACAUGCAAAUGUUACUAGUUAUAAUCGCUCUAAUUAAUCAUUACAUUUUAUUUGUCUCUUGA